CAAUUGCAGUCCUCAUGAGUUUCAGAUGCGGCACUUCUGAAGGGUGCUCACACCUUUACAAAAUACGGUUGGCUCGUAUGCCUAUGGGUCCUCACUGCUUCGUUCCAGGUAUUUAUCUAGUGAAACUCCCUGCCCUCAUCACGUCCUUCUGCAAGUAUGGUUACCACACGUCCGCUUUGAAUCAGUUACAGGGUGUCCUGACGUGUAAAACUGCUGAUUCAACUGCCCCCAUGUACUAUGAAGAGAUGCGUCCGCCGGUGUUCGAGAUCCCAGCGAAGACUUCUGGGGAGGGUGUUGCUGCCACCAUCUCAUUAGACGGUGACAAUGACAUGUAUAUUUUCUUGAAGCAUUCCUUUAGAGACCCGGAAAGUUGCCAUCCUGAUUUCCACAGCUAUCGAUGGAUCAACUCACGCGGCUGGGCCCAAGCCGAGCAAGCAGACGUUUCAUCGUGGCGUCUACGAUGGUGA